CUUUCCAUUCUUCCUCUCAGCAUCUACUAUCCAGUCAUAAGGCUCUGGCGCCAUGACCUGGCGUGAAGUCUUUAUUCUGAUGGUUGGCACCAACCCACAUGCACAGACGGCCAUGGGGGAUUGCCUUCCAUCAGCAAAGGCCCGGUGGCUAAAAACAUUAAACAUAUAAUAAUGUGAAGCUGUUAUCAUGGGAAUGAGUGUGCUUCUUCGAAUUCCGUGUUGUUCUCCCUUUCGCUAACCACUAUCGAUAAUGUGGUUACCACUACCGCCAAUUUUGCGCGUGUUCAGAUUGUGCCUAUUGUGCUGGCUAGGCGUUGGCGGCGUCCAGGCAUUCACACAACGUUCUUGGGAAGAAGCCUAUUCUCUCGCAAAUGAGACCGUCCAACAGCUGACACAGGCCGAAAAGCUAGGGUUGGUCAUUGGCGUCGGGGAAUGGAGUAGUCGGUGUGUAGGAAAUAUUACCCCCCCUAGCCGGUCCAUAACGCUAUCAUCAACGACCCUUACUAUCCCGCCUAUAUGUUUUAACGACGGUCCCGCUGGUGUACGGCUUGUCAAGGAGGUUACCGGAUUCCCAACGGGUAUUAAUGCCGCAAGUACGUUUAGCCGUCGUCUGAUGCGAGCAAGAGGUGUGGCACUCGCCGAAGAAUUCAGAGGCAAGGGUGUUCACGUCUUACUCGGUCCGGCUAUGGAUAUUAUGAGAAACCCCAAAGCUGGACGAGGAUGGGAGAGCGCCGGCCCUGAUCCUUACCUGAACGGUGAAUUUGCAUACGAAACGAUAGUCGGCAUCCAGAGCGUGGGUGUUCAGGCCUGCGCGAAGCAUUUCAUAGCCAAUAAUCAGGAGCAUUGGAGGUACGGUCUAAGCGCGGACGUAGACGACAGGACGCUUCAUGAAAUAUAUUGGUGGCCUUUCAUGCGGAGCAUCGAUGCCAAUGUUUCUUCCGUCCUGUGUGCGUAUAAUCGGUUCAACCAAACGUCGUCUUGUCACAAUGAGGCUCUUAUCGGCUCAAAUGGGUUGUUAAGACAGGGUGGAUUCCAAGGUUACGUUGUCUCGGAUUGGGGUGCUACGCAUGAUUCCGCCAGCGAUAAUGCGAACGCCGGAUUAGACAUGGAACAACCAGGAGACUUUCUCUUGAUAGGUGGCGGCGUGUACGGCAAUGGAGGCCUGAAUAACGCAGUGAAUGACGGAGAUGUUUCCGUCACCACACUCAAUGAAAUGGUUGUCCGAGUACUCGCUUCCUUCCUUCGUCUCGGCCAGGACUCCGACUACCCAGCCAUCAAUUUCGACGCUCAGGAGCCUGACGGUUCUGGGGACUUGAACCUAGGCAUCUCAGUUCGGUCAGAAGCUCAUACUGCUUUGACAAGAGAAAUUGGCGCCGCUUCUGCCGUGUUGCUUAAAAACGACCGAACUACUACAACUGGGUCCGAUUCGGGGGUGACUGUAAGAGGUCUUCCAGUGGCGCAAGAGAGGAUCAAGACGAUCGCUAUAGUUGGCCAGGAUGCCAAGAUGCCAAACCUGGACUGUAAUAGCUUGGGGGAGUGUAACGACGGGACGAUGAGCGUUGGCUGGGGCUCUGGUACCAACUCGUUGCAAUACAUUGUCCCGCCAAUCGAUGCUAUUACCGAAUUCGUCGGAAAUUCGGCAACGAUAACUUCGUCCUUGUCGAACGACUUAUCCGCUGGUCCCGCAGCCGCGAAAGGGAAGGAUCUGGCUAUUGUAUUUGCAAAUGCAAUGAGUGGCGAGCUCGGUGCUUAUGACAUCGUAGAUGGCAAUAUGGGCGAUAGGAACGAUUUGGACCUCUGGUACAAGGGUGGCAGUCUCAUCGAAGAUGUUGCAGCUGUCUGUAACAAUACUGUUGUGGUUGUGCAUUCUGUUGGACCGGUCUAUCUGGAGUGGAGUACGCACGAAAACAUAUCGGCAUUGAUAUACGCUGGCGCUCCCGGUGAACAGACCGGACCUAGUCUUGUUGACAUUAUAUGGGGAGCCGUUAAUCCUAGUGGACGGCUCCCAUUCUCCAUCGCAUAUGACGAAGAUGCGUAUGGCACCGAAAUUGUAUACAACAGUCUGGGCUUUCCCACCAUUACCUACACCGAGAAACUGCUCCUUGAUUAUCGUUACAUGAAUGAACAAGGAAUUGCUCCGCAAUUCGAAUUUGGUUUUGGUUUGUCGUUCACAACAUUUUCAUACUCGUCUCUUUCCAUUGCUUCCUCUGGGGGUUCCAAAGUGAUAUCAUUCAAUAUUGCCAACACCGGGGCUUUUAACGGGACCGAGAUUCCCCAGAUGUAUCUUGGUUUUCCCGAUAGUGCCGGUGAAACUGAGAAGGUGCUAAGAGGCUUCGACGAAGUUAUUCUAGCGGUGGGAGAGAUGAGGACCGUUAGUAUGUCUAUCUCCCAGAAGGAAAUGAGCAUAUGGGACGUUCCGAGUCAAUCAUGGGUGAAACCCUCGGGCACUUUUACAGUCUACGUUGGAGCCUCCAUCAAGGACAUUCGUUUAACAGGGUCCUUUUGACAUGGAUGUUUCCGUGAUCAUGCUGGAACUUGGAUCUGGGAUCUCUCUCCCUCGUAUUCUGUUCGCUCUAAAGGGCAGAAGCCGUUUUGUAUUCUUGCUGAAAAAAGACAUUUGUAUAGCUGUCACUUUUUUCAUACUCCAUACUCGCGGUGUAUUGCUUCCGGUGACUCUUGAGGAGAUUUUAGGCUUUUACGCAUGUCUACAAUUUGACUAACCUGACUCUCACUCAUCCUUGCAUUUACAAGUGGUCGUUUUUAAUUCUGGGACCCUGCGCGGCGUGGUUUGAAAUUGUGCACGAGAUUAUUGCUACGAAUGAUCCUCAUGCUUCUUUCUUGGCAGGUGCAGGCCCAGGCGGUGUCCCCUUCGUCCACGGAUGUAAAUUGUGCAAUUUUCAUUCAAAUGUAUUGGUGCGCAACUUGUAUUUAGUUGGUGUU